AUGGCCGCCGUGCUCAGCUACAGCGGCGACAUCAUGGCGCGCGCCGGGGAUUCCCUGCUGUCUGCGGACGCGGCCGCCGCCGUGCUAGGCGCAGUGCAGGUGGGAGCCAGCUGCGCCUCGGCCGCCGCGGUCGACAAGCUGGGCCGGCGGCCGCUGUCGCUGAUCUCGUUCACCGGCUGCGCGCUCUCGCUCUUCGCCGAGGGCGGCUACUUCUACUUCAUGGACGCCGCCCGGGCCGACGUCUCCGCCCUCCACUGGCUGCCCCUCGCCGCGCUCGUCGUAUAUGUGGUGGCGUACACGAUGGGGAUCGGCACGCUGGUGUGGACAGUGUCCGCAGAGAUGUUCUCGGCCCCCGUCAAGGGCGUGUCCAUGUCGGUGGUGACGCUGACCUACUCGCUGAGCAUGUUCGCCGUCACCAAGCUCUUCCAGGACGUGGCGGACGCGGCCGGGGUGCACACCCUCUUCUGGGGCUUCGCAGCCUGCGCGGUGGUCGGCUUCUGGUACGUCUACCUGCUGAUACCCGAGACCAAGGGCAAGUCGCUCCUGGGCAUCAGCACGGAGCUCAGCGCCAAGCUGUCCGCGUAG